GAGAGAGAGAGAGAGAGAGAGAGAGAGAGAGAGAGAGAGAGAGAGAGAGAGAGAGAGAGAGAGAGAGAGAGAGAGAGAGAGAUGGGUGAUAAUCAAGGGAUGAUUGGAAAACCUGGGCGUAAGGCUGGGUAUGGGGGAGGGAGUGCGGCGGGAGUCAUGGGCAAAGGAACAGGUCCAGCACGGGGGCGUGCAGAUGUCCACAUGAAUUACCGUUCUCAAGGGUGUUCCGGCCUGUUCAAUUGUGCGAUGCUAUGUCUGCCAUCCAGCUGGGCGGGACGAUGGAUCCGACGGCGGUACUGGUCUUACAUGUCCGAUUCGGAGCUUGAUUUUGAGGAGUUCGGGGAACAGCCGGCCUGGUUCACAGGCACCGCAAGGCGGGAAAUUGAGGUGGGCCCGCGCACGGAUUACCGCCCCCCAUCCCGCGGCGGCAAGCUGAUUUGCUCUUGCUACAAACUUUUGCUCGAUAUGAGUAAUGUUGCUGAUUGGGCAGCGGUGACAAUUUUCGCCGCCAUGCUGGCGGCCUAUGGUGUUGCCGCGGCGGGCUCCAAAACUCUGUUCUGGUUGUCAUUUGUGGCGUUGCUGCAGGGGCUGUUGUCAAUUUUGAUGACAGCGGCAAAACGGUCAAAGACGGGAGCAGACCGAGGGGCAGAGGUGCCCUGCAGCUACUGGCUGUCCAAUCCCCCACGCGAAGGAAUUGCUGCACAGUUGAACAGCCGAUUUCCGAUGCUUCUAGUCAAUGAUGCACAAGAGCUGGUGAACCACGUCGGAAAGGGCGUGGUUGGUGUCGUUCUUCUUACCGUAGGCCAAGACGAGAUCACGAAACUAGGACUUGGCGAUGUUGAGAAGAGUCUGGGGAGGAAAGAUCUUCUGUCCAAGCUUCUGUAUGUGGGUGCUGCCUGCUUGAUCCUCCAGCUCGCCACGGCAUUCAUGGGCAUGCUUAUGCAUUUCGUGAAGGAACACAAUCCGGGGCUGAAGGCGUGGAUGUCGCACUUCGUCCGUCACUCGACGAUGCCUGGGGCUAUGACGCACGACAGCGAGUUGUGCGGCCUUCCCGCGCACUGGUUCAUCGGGUUGAACGACGUGAAGCUGGCCCUGGCAUGGGCUCUUCACCGGCGGCACCAGUUCCGACUGAGGCGCACGCAUUUCGGAGUCUUCACAUACAGAGUGAGCAGCGUGCAAGCGGAUCUCGGCGCGGAGAUGGAGGUGUCCGACGAGGUGGUCGCAAGGUACACGGCCAUGUCUCUCAGAGCCCUUCAGGGGGCGAGCACAUACGAGGCGGGCCGCAAAGAGAUCCUGGAGAACAACGGGUUCGAGCUGAUCUUGUACGCCCUCAGGCCGGACAGCGAUGGAGAAGUCCGCGUGCAGGCAGCGCGCGUCAUUGACUCGUUCUUCCUGAACCUUGCGCGCCAAGCUUUUGCGGAGGGCAAGGUCAAUGCCUGGGAAUCGCCGGCGUUCCCGGUGCUGGGCCGGAAAGCGGGUUCCCGGCCACUGUUCCAGUGGCAUGCUCCGGGAGCCUCGGGCAAUCGGACCGCGCAGCUGAUGAAGGUCAGUCCCAACUUCCUGGACGAUGAGAUGGAGAAUCUGUCGGCGUACUACCUCCGCGCGGGUGCCGUUUUCUUGGUUGACAUUGUGCAAUCCAAGCAGACGACUGUUGAGCAAAAGGAGAUCGCAGCGAAGGCCCUGCUGGCGCUGGUUGUUGCGGCGAGUACCAGUGUCUCAAAUGCGUACGGGACGAAACCAAAGCAUAGGGUGCUUAGCACGCUGCCGCGCUGGAUGAGGACAACGCCUGUCGACGAGCUGGAGGUCCCCGGAUUCGCUGGUGGUGCGAGGAGCCGAGGGCCGCCCAUGGGUGCAUCAGAUGCUCCGGAACGAAGGCCGUCUCUCCCGGGGACCCCGCAGAGGAGCCCAUCGACAGCAGUUGGGGAAAAGGUUCCCUUGAUUGAGCCUCCGGCUCCAGCGAAACCUGCAGCGUCAGGUGGGGGUAGUGGGGGAGGGGCAGGGAGCCCGGGUAGCGGAUCUGGUGGCACGAAGGGCAAACCAUCACCAGCAGCGGGUGCAGUACCAGCGGGAGCGGAGCGUGGAGGGGCAGCCUCGGGCAGCGCCGGAGGACUUGCUGCCCCUCCUACAAAACCUGCUGGACCAGGUGCAUCUCCUGGAGCUCCUGGAGGUGGAGCAGCUCCGUCGCCGCCUGGCAGGGGCAGUGUGUCUCCUCCGGGCGUGCCACAAUCCGAUGCGCCUCGGCAACGGAGUCUGCUGGGGUCCCCUUCUGGACGCCCCGCGGAGGCGCCUGCAGACCCUCCAGCAGCACGGCGCCGAGGAUCUGGCGGUGGUGACAUUGAAAGCGGCAAGCCUGUGCAGCAACCUCCACCUCUCGUCCGCCGGCCCUCUCUCGCUGAACGUCUUGAAGAGUUCGUCGGGACGGUGUUUGACAUCCGGCAACAGCCAGCAGCGGCUGCGGGUCCGACUCGCGUGGACCAUCAUGCUGUGCAGAGCCGUCGUGCGUACAAGGAGACGUGGCCUUGGCUAGCCAUUGUAUCGGGGGUGACGGAGGAGGUGUUUGCCGCCUAUGGCGAACCGAAGGAGGAGAAUCAGGGACUCGAUUAUAAGCGUGAGAUCAUGCGCGAGGGAUUCCGGGUGUCCAGCAUCAAGGCCCUGAUGAACGCGGCAGAGCUGCACGGAAACUCUGUCGAGUGCCGCAUGCUUGCUCUCAGUGUCCUGAACGAGCUCUGCGCGGACGAGAUAUGUCGUGGCAUAUUCUUGGACAAGCUCAAGGGCAUGAACAUGAUGAUCCGAAUGGUCGACCCUCUUCCGGAUAGCAUCUUCAAGGUCAUACGCGUGGUGGACAACUACAACUACGAGCGGGAGAUCAAUGCACUAAAGCUGCGCACCACACCGGUCAGCGUCCGCAUGGCCACUGUGUUCCUCUGCCUCAAUGCCGACGAAGAAUCGAAGAUCAUCACGAAACACAAAAUGGACACCAUGGAGCGGUUCGCUUUCAUCAUGAUUGGACUCUCGCAGGACUUUCUGUCGUCCAUGCCCUCCGCGGGAAUGCUGUUCCGUGUGAUCGAUGCACUCCAUGACAGCACGAUGCUGGCUCGUCGCCUCCCGCGCGCGCUGCUCUCCAGGUUCCACGAUUGGCAGUCCAAUCCGCUGUACGACCUGCUGCAGCAGCUGCAGGCUGUGACUGCGCACAUGAACUUCGCUCGCAUCUUGCACAACCUUGUCCAGAACUUCUCUUCGGACUUCCAGAGAGGCUUCCGCUUGAGCCCCGCGGAGCAGCGAAAGAGGGAGAUGAGGUAUCGCGAAGAACUGGACAUGUACGAGAGGAUGUGGGUGAGGUUGAGGCUGGGGAGGAGGAAGCUGAUCCGGCUUAUCCUGUGGUUCAGCUCCAACUUCCCUCACUUCUUGUCGAAGGAGGCGAACUUGGACUUGAUCUUCCGGUUCGCUGAGCACGACACAGCCGACACCGACGGCCCCAUGCCUCCAGGUGGUGGGUCUGCCGUUAAUCAGCCGGACGCGUCGGUGAUGCAGCGUUACCUUAAUGACAGUUUUAAUCUGUGGAAGGAAGACCUUCAUGAGGGGAAGUAUCACCGAGAUGACCACAGGAUACGCCGGGAGAUGUCCGCGGAGCUGUGGACCGCCUGGAGGAAGCUGUACGCGUUGCAGUCCCACACUCCCACAACUUUCGAAGAGUACUUGAAUGAGCCCAUGUUGUUUGGGCCGGCGAUUUUCCUGGCCUCCUCGGAAGAUAGGGACCGCACCCGCAGCAGCUGUGUCAUGGACUGCCUCUAUGUCUUGAUUGACUCGCUGGUGCUUAACCUAAUCGAUAUGGAGUGUGCGGACUCGCUGGCUACCAUUCCGCAGUCGAGGGACGUGGUCGUUUCGCGGGUCACGGCCGCGGGUGAGGCAGACGUUGAAGGCCACGAUGCAUGGAGAGGAGGGUGGUCGUUCAUGAUGGACGUGGCCGAUGAUGGCAAGCUUGCGAGUAUUCUCCUCCUCAACGAGGACAAGGACGACUUCAUGCGCGGAGCGUACGCCCGGAAAGAUAUCCAGAGGAAGACGGCAACGACUCUCGUUAAGAUUUGCCAGCUGCAUGACAACUUGCGAAAUCGUGUGGCCAUGAGUUACAACCUGCGCUUCAAUGUGGAGGCCUUGCGAGGUCUCAAUCUGUCCGAGACGGAGGACCUUGCGGCCCAGAUCGUUAGUUCCAAAUCGACGACUAGUUAGUCUUAGACUCUUAGUUAGUAGGUACUGGGAUUUUUUUUUUUUUGGAUAUCUUUUUAAUCAUCCAAAUCGCUUACUUGCCAGCGGUAGGCGCUUUCAUAG